AAUUUUUGCUGUUCGCGAGAGACACUCGCACAAGCAAAUUUGGUGUUGCGAGCAUGCAGCUCGUCUCGGUCGUCGUGCUCGUCGUCCUGAGCCUCGUGAGCCUCGCUGCUGCCUACAACGACGACCGCGACGUUCUUGUCAAGAACGCGCUCGGCGAGUUCACUGAAGACUUUGCGCGGUCCGAAAACGAGGUCUACAAGGCGAUCCGAACCGACUUUGGCUUGCCGCUGCCCGGCCACGCGACGACGCCCGUGACCGACGCCGAGUACACGCACGCGAUCACUGUCGUUCAAAGCCUCGGCAAAGUCGCUGACCAGCGUGCCGCCGUUGACAGCGUUCGCGCCGUCAUGGCACGAAUGACCAAGACGGAGCUGCUGCAGUUCUUGGCCGAGUUUGACACGGAGACAGCCACGAAAUUUGUGGGUCUUGGCGCGACUUUUGCCCUCAACAAAACCUCCGUCCGCAUGGAGGCGUCCUCCGAUGAUGCUAUACAAGCCAGCGAUGUGGGCUUUGAAAUGUCGGCCAUCGGCGCAGCGAUCGUCGUCGCGUCCGUUCUCGUCGGUGUCGUGCUCGUCGUCCGAAUGCACCGCCACGAAGGUGACGCUGCCAUCAUUGCGCACGUGCUCCGAGCGAUCCAGGACAAGGAUAAAAGCCGCCACCAACACGACAAGACUGCCAAGACGAUCGUUGUCGUUGUGUAGUGCCGCACCAUUAGCAUAGUAUACUAGCCAACCAAUAUUAACUUAAGACUUUCAUUUCGCCC